AUGUCAUCAAUGGUGCCUCAACACAUGGAAAUAGAGAUUACGCAUGAGGAUAUUCUUGGAUUUCUUCGUCAAAAACAAAAUCAAGAUGUCGAAGGUUCAAAAAAAUUUUUAGAAUACGGCUCGAGUUACCUUUUGGCUUGCUAUAAAGACAACAUUCCGGCCCAUUGGUUUUGCAGCGAAGAAUUCGUGGAAAUUACGACUGAAUUACUACAUUUAUUCGCAUUAAAUUAUACUAAUGAACAAGUUGAAGAAUUUAAAAAUGUAAUGGCCGAUCAACUGUCUAACUGUGUUGAUUGUGUUGAAGUAUAUUAUAUUUAUAAAGAAGAUAUGCGUCAAAGAUACCUCAGAGCAUAUAACAAUACAAAUGAUGUAAAUGUGCUCUUUGAUGUCACUAUAAAAGCUUGGGACAGAUGUCGUGUUCACAGUUCUCUACAUAAGAUGAACAGGCAAUUAAAAAGUUCAUCGUCAGAUAUACUGUCAUCAAAUUCAACUAUCGUAAUAUUAUCAGAGAUUAUGUUCAAUCCGUCUUUGCUUAUUGAUCGUUCGAUCAGUUCACUCUAUGUUGAUUUGUUUCUCUCAAUCCCACAAAAUAUUUUAGAACAGAUGUGUAGAGGCUUUUUGCCCGGAAUGAUUAUUGUAUCGGUUCAUGAGAAUGAUAACUUUAGGCAGUUAUUCUGGAAAAUAAUGCAAGGAUUUCAAUUGGAAAAUUCAGUCAAACUAGAAGAUUUCAACACUCACGGGUAUUCUGGUCCAAUGCAAAGUGUAAUUCGCCGUCUAAAGGAUUGGGAUAGUAAAUGUUCUCAUUUUCAAGAAUAUCCAUACACAAAAAAUCUCAGACU